AAUUGUCACUGAAAACCUAUGCUGUAAACACACAGCAUAUGAGAACUUUAAAAUUAGUCUAAAUAAAAAAUUUCAGGUGCAAAAUGCAGAAAUCACACCGUCUUUAUCUUCAAUGCUUUAUGGCAAGGCCAUUCAUGUCAGAGAAAGAAGCCAAAGAGUCAUAUUCAAGUUGUGUUGAAGUAUUUCAAGAUAAUUUUGAUCCAGCCAAUUUCCAGAGAUGUAUAAACACCAUUAAUAAUGCUCUACAACCGUUGUUUUUGGAAAUACGAAAAGGCGUUUCAGAAGAUGACGGGAAAUAUUACUACGGAUUGGUGAACAGUAGUGAAGAUCAAAUUUCGAAGCUUGCGACAAGCUACACGGCACAUGACGUCGAAUAUUUCAGGAAAGUGUUAGAUACUUUUGUCCAGUCGGAUGAUGGAACGGCAACUUCCGUGGAACUUCUUCACGGCGCUGCUGAUUUACAGAAAUCGAUGAGUGCUUCACAUGCUGAGAAACUUCUCAAUAUGUGGGUAAAAGGCAAGUGGCUUUCUCAGUCGUUAGGUGAUUAUUGGCUCGGUCCUCGAGCUGUACUGGAACUUCAACCGUACCUCAAGAGAGUUUAUGAAGACUAUGUGAUGGAUUGUAAAAUAUGUAUGGAUUUUGUUCUUCGGGGGCAAAGUUGUGUUGCUUGUGAUUUCAAAAUACAUCAUCAUUGCGCGGCAAGAUAUUUUAAAGGAAGAAGCGUAAGAAAAUGUUCUAACUGUAAUAUUGAUUGGCCUCAUGAAAUCGAUGAAACACUUUGUCAAAACGAAGAAGCUGAUACUGCGACGAACUCUCAACCUGAGGAACCAAGACAGUCGUCCAAUGUAACUCGUCCAGGUCGAAAGAGAACCAGGCGAUGAUGUAUCUUCAAUCAGAUGCGUAUAUUCGCUUGCGAAAGAUUACAGCUUGACUGUCGACAUUAUUUUAAAAGUCAUUAAUAGUUGAUGCGCACAGAACAAGAGACUUUGCGCAGGAUCGAUGGUAACAUAAAUGAGUAGGUUUUGCAACCGUUUUAAACAUUAAUCCGACGAAAUCUGGAUACAUAAACAACGUGACCAUGUUACAGCUUUACGGUGGCGAACAAUCGUUCGUUUUAAGAUUAUCUGGGGAUUAUUUUAAAAAAAUUGUUAAUUUUUGUUGUGUUCAAAAGUCGCACUUUGCGGCCAAUAAAUAUAGAUCAUAUGGUCUU